GAGACCCUUGCAAUAUCAAUGACGAUGAGAUAUGUGCCUCGGCCAACAACAAUACGAUCAUGGAUCCCCGAAGAAGCACGGCCUUAGCUCCCAGUGCAGGUGACAGUCUUAUCUGCGACAACGUGCUGGCGAAACGAUGGUACCGGUUCAAGGGUACGGGUAUAGGUCAGAACCUGCAAAUACCUGAACGUUGUAUAGAGCCCUACCAUUGCGGCACGCAUGUUCCUUUGUGGCUUAACGGUACCCAUCCAAUCAACAGCCAAGUAGCAGACAGAGUGGUCUGUGCUAACUAUGGCGUUGCCGGGGACUGUUGUAGCGAUACGAUUGGAAUCCGCGUCAAGAAAUGCAUCGACAAUAGAGGGAAUGACUUUUAUGCCUACUGCCUGUCACCUACUGCCGGAUGCAAGCAGGCGUAUUGUGCAGGGAAUCAAGUGCCAUGCAACGGAGAUCAAGUCUGGAGUAGUGCGUAUGGACAUUGCGUCGAUGCGGUUCCAGAAAUGACCGAGAAUCCUAUCCUACAUCCACCAGUGAUCGACUUAAAUAAAUGGAAAGUCACCUUCACAUGUGAGAUUAGGUAUCGCAACGACACUGAUGAUGGCGCGCGUUUUGCUGUGAAGUUUCUUUUCGACUACGAGGAGUUCCAGGAAGUCAACGAUGCUACCCAGUCACCGCUAGAUCCGACCAAGAAGACGGUUGAGCUUGACGCAAAGUAUCUCGGCGCAAACAGAGAUUUGUUCGGGGGGCUCAUAUGGUCUUCAAAGAUGGGGAAAACGGUAUCCUGUGUUGUGAAGACCUAUUGGCAAGGUUGGGAAAAUCAGACGAGCCGUGAGUUUUACAGCAAUGGUUACUAUGCUGGAAUAAGGGCUAACAAGACAUACAUGGAAUUGUCGGAAGGAGGAGAUGGGGACACCCUGAGCCUUUACAGCACAGUGCCAUUCCUUUGUGAUACACAAAAUUUCGACCACUGCUACAUCGACAUUGAUUUACAAAUCGACAAUGAGGUUUCUCCAAGCGAAUGUAAAAGCCAACUAUUUUCCAACAGUUGGGACCCCGAAACCCACAAAGCAGAGGCGCCAGGGCUGCAUAUAUACGCUACUGAAGACGGGCAAGUAGAUGGGGAUCAAGUCAGUGUAGUCACUUUCAAAAAGUGCGCGUUUUCACGAUAUUACCAUCAACUAUUGGGCGAAUUCGUUCCCACGUCAUUCAGCGAAUACCAGCCAGACAGCAUUCAGGUAUGCACCAAAGAUGAGGGGCCGACUGGUCAUUGCAAGGGUGUCACCGAUCCACACUACACCACUUUUGAUGGAACGCGUUUCACCAUCCUUAUGUUGGGAGAGUUUUACUUCUACCUCAGCACCAUUAGACACUUCGAGGUCCAGGUGCGCACCUGGUACUGUUACGGCGCACAUAGAUACGACGUCACUUGCCACUGUGCUGUGGCUGUCCGAGAAGGAAACGACGUUGUGAUCAUUGACCUUUGCCACGUGGGUUGGGGUAGCCACGAAAACGCCUACCCGAGGAUCAUAGAGAAAACAGCUGAUGGAGGCCCUCUGUCAGAGGCAGUUUCCGUGUACAGGGAUCAAACAGACAAGAAGUUUUCGAUCCACAUGGAAUCCACUGCGACUGUUGUAGUCGAGAUAAACCGUUAUGGAAUGGACGUCCACGUUUAUGCUCCUGCAAGAGAUCGUGGACAUACCACGGGGCUUUGUGGCACCUGGGAUGAUCAGCCAGACAGGUCGAAUGAUUUGCAACUACCCUCCGGGUCCUUUACGACUGACGUUGACACGUUUGCCAAAAGCUGGAAAAUCGAUCAAGGAACAAGCUUAUUCGACGUGGACUGCCCAGAGGUAGACCCACACGCCCACCGACCAGUAAAGACCUGCACAUGUCAAAACGGGCGUAUCCAAUGUGGGUUUGGCCAGAAUACAAGGCGAAAUACUAUUCGGGGUUUGAACACGAGGACCACCAUUCAAAAAGCAUCCAGGAAUCUAAACUGUGGGAACAGAACGCAGGGCUCAACAAGAUCAAUUCAGGACAAUACUUUCUACUCAGACGACAUUGAUGAAAGUGAAGGGUACGUCUUUGACUACGGAGAGAAUCAACCCCCACCUCCGGUCGUCCAAUGGCCAACUGCCAACCUUCACAUCACCGAGGAAGAUGCCGUGAGACACUGUAGAGAAGCAAUCAUCAACUCAUCUGUGUCUGCUGCAUGUGCCAACCUUGGUGUUGACAUAUUUGACCCUGUUGAUGCAUGUGUACAGGACAUAAAGCUGACUGAAGAUUUGCUGAUCGCUGCGGCUCACGUGGAUACAAUGAAAGCAACGUGUACUGAUGUUGCUUACCAGAACAUCAGUCUGUACGAAGUAGGGGAGGAUGGAAUCCCCGUACCUUCCAGGGCCGUGCAAGACAACCUGUGUCCAGAGGACUGUAACCAUCGAGGCGACUGUGUGAAAGGGACCUGUGUCUGUUUGGAACCUUACACAUCGGCGGACUGUUCCCUCGAGAAAGGCAAUACACCUGUAAUCCGGUCCAUUCCCAACAACGGCCUGUGUGACAUCCGCAGACGUCCAUGCAGGAAAACGUCAAUCAUCGCAGACGGGCUUGAUUCUUCGAACGUCACAUGCAAGAUCGUGGACGUAAAGACAGAAAAUGGAAUUCAGACCAUCAUCCAAGGAAGUGAACGGCUGAUGAACGCAACAAUCCGCACUUUUCUAGAAGCUUCAUGUCCUCUGCCAGAAUCCCCAGUACUUCGUGGCACACCAGAUGAGACGGAGGGUACUGACAUCUAUGGCUACAGUGUCUCCGUCAGCAAUGAUGGAGAAAACUUUAGUAACGAAGUUCUAUUCACAAUCUAUGACUCCGUCUGCCAAAAUUGUACCUUGGGACCAACGUGCUUCUGGAAGUUGAACACAUGCAAAAUAAGAGGCUUCUGCUUUGCUGAUGGAGAUCCAAAUCCAAACAACUGGUGCCAACAGUGUCUUCCACAACUUUCCAGCAACACUUUUACUGACAGACCAAUAAAUAUACCGCCAACCAUUGUGUCGCCAACUACCAUCACCAAAGUAAGAGGAAACCAUUUAGAUUUCGCAGUCAUUACCGAUGACCCAGAAGGUAGGCCAGUUACUGUCUCCAUCAUAUCUGCCAACAGUAAUGACAUAACAGUGAACGGCGAUCAGUUCGAAUGGAGGACAGACCAGGAAGUGGGCAGUUUUGUUGAAACAUUUAAAGCAAGUGAUGAAUGUGGGGCGUUUAGCACACAUAACGUGACAUUCAUUACCAUUGCUUGUCCAUGCCAAAAUAACGGCACAUGUGUACACAAUCCCAACAUGACCAGCGGCCGGGGACAAUAUGUCUGCGAAUGUCCCGGAUUCACAGGUCAUUGGUGUGAGCAGGAGAUUGACGAAUGUCUGUCGAAUCCCUGCCACACUGGUACGUGUAUUGAUCUAGUUAACGGUUUCAAAUGUCUGUGUGAUGAGCAACAUGUUGGCGAGUUCUGUCACAUCGAACAAGGCGACAACUGUGCUCUUGAGCCGUGUUUCCACAGUGUUCCAUGUAUAAACGUUGGCAGUGGCUUUGAGUGUGGUGACUGCCCGGAGGGGUUCAUUGGCAAUGGGAUCAUUUGUGAAGAUGUUGAUGAAUGCGCUACAAACACCGCCAAUGACUGCAGCAAUAUUUGUGAGAACACCCCGGGCUCCUACCGGUGUAAAUGUGCAGCAGGUUUCAUCCUAAGCAACGGUCAAUGUUUCGACCUUGACGAGUGUGACUACGGGCUGUAAGAGUGCUCUCAUAUGUGCAUCAACACCAACGGCAGCUACAUCUGUGCCUGUCCGGUCGGGUAUUACCUCGGCCCUAAAGGCAAAAACUGCAUCGAGACUGACGAAUGUGCCAGUGAUCCUUGCCAACAUGGAGGCAGCUGUCUAGAUGACAUCAACCAGUUCAACUGCAAAUGCCCCUUGGGAUGGCUGGGGGCAGCCUGCGAGAAAGACAUUGACGAAUGCUUGGUGACAAACUGUGAGCACAGCUGUGAGAACACACCUGGCAGUUACAGCUGCAGAUGUCCCGAGGGUUACAUGCUUGGGGAAGAUAAAAGAACAUGCACAGACAUUGACGAGUGUGCAUCUUCGCCCUGUUUGAAUGGCGGCACUUGUUCGGAUGGUGACAACUCAUACACCUGCCAGUGUCUUACCGGCUACUAUGGCAACAACUGUGAACACGACAUAGACCUGUGUGACCCUAACCCGUGUCCGUUUGACUGGAUUUGUAUUGAGAAUGUUGGAGUCGGCGGCUUGCACUGUGACCCACCACAGGACAUUGAUGAGUGUGCAUCCUCGCCCUGUUUGAAUGGCGGCACUUGUUCGGAUGGGGACAACUCAUUCACCUGCCAGUGUGUUACCGGCUACGAUGGUGACAACUGUGAACACGACACCAAUGGAUGCGCUUCAGGUCCGUGCGUUGCAGUAGCUACCUGUACUGACAUUCUGGCUCCUGGGACGGGUGCUAUUUGUACCUGUCCGGCAGGGUAUCAGGGUGAUGGAAAAAUUCAUAGCAGUGGAUGUACAGACAUCCCCGGUUGUGACCCGAACCCGUGCGUUACCACAGCUUUCUGUGUAGAUGUGCCGGCUCCAGGGACCGGUGCGGAAUGUAUCUGCCCGGAUGGAUAUGAGGGCGAUGGAGCACUAGGGGGAAUCGGAUGUAAAGCUGUUCCUGCUACCAGCCAGAUGUGGGAACCCUGGAAAAUCGCUCUACUCUGUGUAGGUCUUUUAGGUGCAGUAUUUGUCACCAUCUCCCUGUCCCUGUACUUGUGCUGUAGAUGCAAGAAAAACCCUUUAUGCAAGUCUGCUACCAAUGAGGACGAGAUGCCAAUGAAAGGCUUUGAGGAUCUAGAAGUAUCCGAAUGUUAAUAUAAGGGGGUGAACUAAUCAUUUCCUUGUAUUUCCUCAAUACCCCCUCCCAUUUUCAAGGUCGUAUGUACAUAAUACUUACAGAAGACAAUUUCCCUUUCUGCGAACUAUGACCCUAAUCAAUGCAAAACGCCAUUGACUAAAAUACCAACGGAUCAGAACUUCAAAAAACGAAUGGAUUUUAUCCCUCUAAACCUUAAAGGCAUUAUCUCAUAAGCUUUGGUGAAUAGGUUACUAGUGGAAAGGCAAAUAUCUUAUGAUUAACAAAAACGUUUCAUGAGUCAGCCUAUAAAUCAUCUGUAUACAUACUUAGAGUGACUCAUUCGUA